AUGUUCUUCUUCUUUACCUGCGGCACACACACCUUCACCUCGCGCCUGAAAGGCUACGAGAAUGUUACAGUCCAAUGCCAGAACUGCGGUAACUUCUCAGGUCACGUCUACAAGCGCUGGGAGUGGUUCACCUUCUGUUUCAUUCCUAUCGUACCCUUCUCGCUCAAGCCUUGGCAGGAGAUCGGGUGCAACGUCUGCAACUUCUACCAAGACAUCAAGUACCGGCCGGAUGUCCAGGCUCAACAGGGCGGAGGGCCUCAGCAGAUUCCCAUGCAGGGCUACGGCGGCGGACCGCCGCCUCAGGGACCCGGCGGACCACAACAAACACAUCCACAAUACAAGUAG